UUAGUUAGAAAAUAAGGAAAUCUAAAAAAAUUCGAACAGUCUCAAGGAGUUGAUAUGUAUAGUGUAGUGGCGCAACGACAAUUCGUUUCAAACUGUCUCGUCAUAAGAGCAAGAGAGAGAGAAAUGGCGUUUUCGUCAUGGUCCCACCUAAGGCUAAGACUGCCGCAUUUGGCGCGAACCCAAUCCCUAACCGUGCGAGCAUUCUCCACCACCGUCAUGUCGCCGCCGUCUAAGGCCGUCGUCUACGACCGCCAAGGUCCACCCGACUCUGUCACCAGAGUGGUAGAGCUACCACCAGUAGAAGUGAAAGAGAACGAUGUUUGCAUCAAAAUGUUGGCUUCUCCUAUCAAUCCCUCUGAUAUCAAUCGCAUUGAAGUCAAAUGCGGAUGGUGCUGUAGGUGUGUACCCUGUAAGGCCUCAAGUGCCUGCAGUUGGAGGAUAUGAGGGUGUUGGAGAGGUGUUCUCGGUGGGCUCUGCGGUUAAGGGUCUUUCGCCUGGUGAUUGGGUCAUCCCAUCUCCGCCCUCUUCUGGGACAUGGCAGACUUAUGUUGUGAAAGAUCGGAGUGUCUGGCACAAAAUUAAUAAGGAAUCACCCAUGGAAUACGCUGCCACAAUUACUGUUAAUCCUUUGACUGCUUUAAGAAUGCUUGAAGACUUCAUUACUUUAAACCCAGGAGAUGCUAUCGUGCAAAAUGGGGCUACAAGCAUUGUGGGGCAGUGCAUUAUUCAGCUUGCACGAUAUCGUGGUAUACAUAGUAUAAACAUAAUAAGGGACAGGGCUGGAUCAGAUGAAGUAAAAGAAAAGCUAAAAAAUCUUGGUGCUGAUGAAGUUUUUACUGAGAGUCAACUGGAAGUGAAGAACGUAAAAGGUCUCCUGACUAAUCUACCUGAACCUGCUUUGGGAUUUAACUGUGUUGGUGGAAAUGCUGCUUCUUUGGUUCUCAAAUUUUUGAGACAGGGUGGAACUAUGGUAACGUACGGUGGAAUGUCUAAGAAACCUAUUACAGUAUCAACUUCAUCUUUUAUUUUUAAGUUUGAUCAUGCAUUUGAUGGCAGAAAGGAACAGAAAGAUAGGACUGGCACAAUCAUGCUGUGGAUUUUCUUGUUGGCCAAUGAAAUUUGGAAUGGUUGCACCAGUGAAAAUAUUCUUGAUCUUUCCUUGAGGGGAUUCUGGUUGCAGAAAUGGAUGAGUUCUGACAAAACUAAUGAGUGCAGACCUAUGAUAGAUUACCUCCUGGACCGAGCACGAGAAGGGAAGUUGAAAUAUGAGAUGGAACUGGUUCCCUUUAACGAUUUUCACACUGCAUUGGAUAAGGCACUUGGAAAACUAGGGAGCCAACCAAAACAGGUCCUCACGUUCUAAUUCUUAAUCAAGACCGCUGGCGAAUGUUUGGGUCAUCAUGUAUCUAUGUAUCUAUGUAUUGUGUUGAAGGUCUGAGAUUUGGAUUUUGUAUUACACAAUGUCAUUUCACACUCCUACGACACAGCGAGAGUCUGAACCACCAAACGAACUAUUAUUAAUGGAAAAUCAGCAGUCAAAUUGCUUAACCUUUU